AUGAAAAUUCAUAACCCGAUGUCAUCGAAACCAAAGAUAGGGAAUACAGUGAUAUACACCAGAAACCAAAGAACAAGCUUGACCCCAAAUCUUAUUGAGAACAAAUUGAAAACUCAUAGAGAGUUCACUGGAAAAGAUCUUACCAAUACUCUAGCCAAGAUUGCUACAGAUCGAAGCAAUGAAAAAGUGCCUUCAAGGCCCCUAAGUUCCAAAAAAGUGACUGAGCCUCCUUAUAACAUCGCCAACAUUUUUGCCACAGAAAAUAAUUAUUUAAAGAAGGCCAGAUCAAACUCUGCGAGACCUUCUAUUGAAUCCCCUACAAAGGAACUUAACGAUCUUGUGGACGGCGAUAUCAACGACUAUAUAAUUGGUCGGGCUCUAGGGCAGGGAGCUUAUGCUAUAGUCAAGCAGGCUGUAGAUAAACAAACCAAGAUGCAAGUUGCUAUUAAAUCUUAUGACAAGUCAAAACUUACUCAGCCUCAUCGGAGAAGGAAUUUGCGUAGAGAAAUCCAAAUCAUGCAGAAACUAGACCAUCCUCAUAUUGUAAAGCUUCACAAAGCCAUCAAAUCGACCCGACACAUUCAUUUGAUCCAAGAAUAUGUUGGUGGAUGCUCAUUGCAUUCCUAUGUGAAAUCAAGGCUGGUUAGAAAACUAAAUGAAGAAGAAGCUAAAAGGAUUUUCAAACAAUGCGUUUCUGCAGUCAAAUAUUUACACGAAAUGGAUAUUAGCCAUAGAGACAUUAAAUUGGAAAAUAUUUUACUUGACUCGAGCAAUAACAUUAAGCUGAUAGAUUUUGGAUUUUCGUGCAUUAUGCAAAAAGACCAGCCUUCGAGGUCUUUUUGUGGAACUCCAAGCUAUAUGGCUCCAGAAAUCGUGAAAAGAAAGGAUUUUUUUGGGCCUCCAGCUGACAUUUGGGCACUUGGAGUGAUGCUUUAUGUCAUUUUGACAGGGACCUUCCCAUUCAGAGGCACAAGUGAUAGAGAUUUAUUCAGAAAAAUUGUGCUUGGAAUCAGUGAAUUUCCUGACUCAAUACCUGCAAGAGCAAAGAUACUUUUGAAGAAAAUGCUAUCUUUGAAUCCUUCAGCAAGGCCAAAUAUAAGUGAAAUAGCUGAAGAUCAAUGGCUGAAAGAAGGUAAACAAGAGAAUCUAGAUACCACAUUGAAGUAUGUGAGUAAGCUUUGUAGAUCUCCGAGUGCUGAAAGGUAA